AUCGCACAAUUAAACCACAUAUCCACCAUGUUUGUUGUCAGACGGUCGGCAGCUCCCGUGAGGCAGCUGCUGCGUCAACAGCCGCGUCGAUUCGAGUCUCACGCCGCACAUGACCAUCACCACCACGGUCCGGUGAACGAGAGCUUCGGACCGAGUUUCUACGUCGCCGUCUCUACCUUCGCCGCAGGCUUCCUGCUUUACCGCAUCUCCAAAUCCUCCGAGGACUCAUUCAUUUCCCGCCUCAUUACCAAAUACUCGCCUGAUCAGAAGAUCUUUGAGGAGCGGAAUGCCAUUCACACUGUUGCUCUAGAGGAGGCUGCUGCUGAUCGUCAUUUGUUUGUUGGUCAGGGUCAUCAGGAAUACGUGGAUUUGAGGAGCAACGAAGUGUUUAAUACCGGAUCACCAUUUAACGUCGCCCCAGGCUCUCAGGCUGAUCUGAACGCUAUUGCCGCUCAUUAUCGCAAGUACAACCAAGAUCUCGAGAAGGACCGGGUAGCCAGGACGAAAGAUGGCAAGGUUGUUAGCGUAUUUGACUAGACGAGACAUCAACAUACUCCGAUAUCUCUGUUCACUCCUUGUUCUCAGCCAUGAAUUCCUUUUUCUAGAUUUUGUCGGCUCUGGGCCUGUUAUGUGUAUUGUACAUAAAGUUAAAGAAGCAAGAAAAGAAACAUUUCAUUGCCGAAUUCGUACAGCAUAGCCCAUUUUUACAUCAAUUCUUGCUAAACCCAAUCUCCAAAACCACCCUCUUCACUCCCCCAGAAGUUAUCUCUCUCCGUUCCUGCACCUGAACAACUUCCUCGUCCUGCAAAGGCUGUUGGUGCAAAACCUGCAAAAACUCAUCCACACCCCCUCCAACACCAAAAUAAACCUUCUUCGCUGCAAUCAGUGCCGUACUCUUAUUCCUCCUUUCUUGUUGAACACCUGCCGAACUGCGUAAAAGUUCAAGUAACGUCUCCGAAAACACCCCCAGAGAAGAAGGGGAGUAUAUCGUCUCACUAGCUAGGAUGAGUGUCGACACGUUCUCUGUAAACUGCUGACCUCGAUUCAAGACCAAUCGCACGAACUCUGGCGACCAACCACCAGAUAUAAAAUCAAGCUCAAUGACCCUAUUCGCAAGAUCGGCUUGGAACGUGUCGAGAAGUGUGGUGUCGAUAUCUAAUUCGCCUUCUUCCUCCACGUCUUUGCCAUUUACUGCUCCAUCUGUUGAAGUCCUCCUCGGUGACGAAGGAGAAUUAACCCACCACGUCAACAAGAAAUUACACAACGUUACCAUCCUCAAAACCGUAGAAUUGUAGUCCGCCAACGUAAACCGGAAU